GCGUCGUGGAGGCUGCUGGGACGGUGGGUCUCUUUCGCGCUUCCCCGGUUGUGUGGGGGCUGCCAUUGACAGGGCGUUGCUGCAGAAUCGUGGUAGCUGACUGACGAUGUUGUGAAGUAGCCCUCCGAUUCCCUGCCGCGCCCGCGCGGUUAGUGGCAGCGGCGGUAGCCCCAACUCCUGCUCUCACGCUGACGACGCUUUAGGGGCUUCUCCCUGAGGGACCACAGGCGGAGGGCGGAGGACGGCGGGCCAUUCCCGUUAUGAGUAUCCGAGGUAUGAUAAUCUCAUGACAGCACUCACUGCUCCAGAUGUCAUUUGACUCAUCAGAAAAGUUUGUUUAAAAGAAAAAAAUCCAUAUGACCCGAUCCAUUUCUUUAUUGAAUGGCUUGAUGGAUUUCCUUUACUCUGAUUCAUACCAAAGCUGUCCUUCUCAACCAAAGCAAGAAAGGAUCCUGCAUGAGUCAAUCCCAGAAUGCCAUUUCUACAUCACCAACAGGUGAAGAAAGCCUCAUGAAUAUCAAUCAUAAAGACUCGGAGAGCAUCACUGGGCUCUUAUCUAGAAGAUCUGAUCAAGAUUGAGAGUUCCUUUAAAUGUAUCUCAUCUCUGUAUCUGUGGUUAUGAAGACACUCCUUGCCUUCUGGAUGAAUAGGGAUAUCUGCAAUUGCCAAUAAUUGUAUCUGAAUUAUUGAAUUGUCAUUAUUAAGAUGUCUGCUCCAAUGAGGACCUCCCUGAAGUUGAGCUGGUGAGUCUGCUAGAAGAACAGCUACCCCAGUAUAAGCUAAGAGUGGAUUCUCUCUUUUUAUGUGAAAACCAAGACUGGACUCAGUCCACACAGCAGCACCAAAAUGCAUCUGAUGCCCUCUCUCCAGUCCUGGCUGAAGAGACUUUCCGUUAUAUGAUUCUAGGCACAGACAGGGUGGAGCAGAUGACCAAAACUUACAAUGACAUCGACAUGGUUACACAUCUCCUGGCUGAGAGGGAUCGUGAUCUGGAGCUAGCUGCUCGAAUUGGACAAGCUCUCUUAAAGCGAAACCAUGUCUUGUCUGAACAGAAUGAAGCCCUAGAGGAACAAUUGGGACAAGCAUUUGAUCAAGUUAAUCAGCUGCAGCAUGAGCUAUCCAAGAAAGAUGAGUUACUUCGAAUUGUCUCCAUUGCUUCUGAAGAGAGUGAAACUGAUUCCAGCUGUUCUACACCUCUUCGGUUCAAUGAGUCACUUAGCUUAUCUCAAGGUUUGCUACAGUUGGACAUGCUGCAAGAAAAGCUCAAAGAACUGGAAGAAGAGAACAUGGCUCUUCGAUCCAAGGCUUGUCACAUAAAAACGGAAACUAUUACCUAUGAAGAGAAGGAACAACAACUUGUGAAUGACUGUGUUAAAGAACUUCGCGAAACAAAUGCUCAGAUGUCCAAAAUGACUGAAGAAUUGUCAGGGAAGAGUGAUGAACUGAUUCAAUACCAAGAAGAGAUAUCCUCUCUCCUGUCUCAGAUUGUAGAUCUUCAGCACAAACUUAAAGAGCAUGUGAUUGAGAAAGAAGAACUGAGGCUUCACCUACAAGCUUCCAAGGAUGCUCAAAGACAACUAACAAUGGAGCUACAUGAGUUACAGGACAGGAAUAUGGAGUGUCUGGGAAUGUUACAUGAAUCCCAAGAAGAAAUAAAGGAACUUCGUAGUAAAUCUAGCCCUGCUGCUCAUCUCUACUUCUCUCAGUCAUGUGGACCUUUUACUGGGGAAUCUCUAGCAGCUGAGAUUGAGGGGACCAUGCGUAAAAAGUUAAGUUUGGAUGAAGAAUCUUCUCUUUUUAAACAAAAAGCCCAACAGAAACGGAUAUUUGAUACAGUCAAGGUUGCCAAUGACACACAGGGCCAUUCUGUCCCAUUCCCAGCUAUGCUACCCAUCCCAGGCUCUAACCGCUCAAGUGUCAUCAUGACAGCAAAACCUUAUGAGUCUGUUUUACAGCACACAGAGGAUGAAACACUACUGGACCAGGGGAACAACUUGGAAGAGGUUCCAGGGAACUCUCAGAAGAUGGGUCAACCAGGACCCUCUGGAGAUAGUGAUUUGGCUACAGCACUGCACCGCCUUAGUCUGCGUCGACAGAACUAUUUAAGUGAGAAGCAGUUCUUUGCUGAAGAAUGGGAGCGGAAGAUCCAGGUUCUGGCUAACCAGAAAGAAGGGGUUAGUGGCUGUGGCACCCCCACAGAGAGCCUUGCCUCUCUCUACACCAACCAGUCAGAGAUCACAGACCUCAGCAGUGCCAGUUGCCUUCGAGGUUUUAUGCCAGAAAAAUUGCAAAUUGUCAAGCCCCUUGAAGGAUCACAAACUCUGCAUCAUUGGCAGCAGCUUGCUCAACCAAACUUGGGAACCAUCCUUGAUCCACGACCAGGGGUCAUCACUAAAGGCUUUACCCAGUUGCCCAAGGAUACCAUCUAUCGCCUCUCAGAUUUAGAAGAGGAUGAAGAGGAGGGUAUCACUUUUCAGGUUCAGCAGCCUUUUCAAGUGGAACAGAAACCUGCAAUAUCCAAGCCAGUAACAGGAAUCUUCCUUCCACCCAUUACUUCAGCAGUUGCAGCCUCAAACCCGGGAAAGUGUCUGUCAUGCACAAACUCGACAUUCACAUUCACCACCUGUAGGAUAUUGCAUCCCUCUGACAUCACCCAGGUCACCCCCAGCUCUGGGUUCCCUUCAUUAUCCUGUGGAAGUAGUAAUGGUAACAGUGCAUCAGGCACAGCUGUGAAUUCUCCUGCCAUGUCCUACAGACUCAGCAUCGGCGAAUCCGUCACCAACCGACGAGAUUCUACUAUAACGUUCAGUAGCACCAGGAGCUUGGCCAAACUCCUACAAGAGCGAGGCAUCUCGGCUAAAGUGUACCAAAGCCCUGUUUCAGAGAACUCCCUCCUCCAGCCUCUCCCCAAAGCCCUGACCAUUCCUUCCACUCCACCAAAUUCACCAUCUCACUCACCUUGCCCUUCUCCUUUGUCCUUUGAGCCUCGAGCACAUCUCUCUGAAAAUUUUUUGGCCUCCCGACCAGCUGAAACAUUCCUCCAGGAGAUGUAUGGCUUGAGACCUUCCUGGAACCCUCCUGAUAUUGGCCAAUUGAAGAUGAAUUUAGUCGAAAGACUAAAGAGACUGGGGAUAGCCAGAGUGGUCAAGACUUCUGAUGCUCAGGAGAAUGGAAGACACCAAGAAGCAGAAACUGGUCUUAAAAAACAAGACUCUGCUGUUUACUUAAAAUCAGGUAGCAGUUUACUAGCCAGGCUGAGGAGGAAUCAGAGUCUUCCCAUCAUGAUGGCUAACUUUGGAACCCCAGUUUGCACACCCUCACCCAAAAUGGGUUUCCUGAAGGAGGAAUGAGGCUCAGCAGUUACUGAGCUUUUGUACAAAUUAGCACAUGAAGGAUAGUUACUCACUGAUACAUGUGGUCUGGUCUGACUUGACAGAAAAGGAAUGUUGCAGAAGGGUUGUGAAUGUGGAAGGGGGAAAGUGGAGGGAUGGAAACUGAAUUGAGAUGAAGCCCCAGUGGACAAGGUCUGAAAAUGGAAAGUGUAAAUGAAAGGGCAUGAGUGGAUUCAGAAGAAAAAAAGUUUAAUGCACUCCUUCAGUUGGGUUUUCUUUUUUAAAUAAGUAAAUAGAAAAUAAAUUCAGUAAUACUGAAAUAUACCAGAAAUGCUGAACUUGCGAGCACAUUUACUUCUGGGAAACAAUGAAGGAGAACCGAGGUUAGCAAGAUGGGAAGAGAAAAAGGAGCAGCUUUCACUGUUGCUUAAAGAAAGCUGUUUUGAAGAGUUAGUAGGGUGAGCUCAGUCUGUUACUAAGGCAAUAGUGAGAUGGUGUAUGUUUUCCCUGUUAAUAUCUGUUUCAACUACCAUCAAUGGUUUGUUCACAGCAUUAACAAAACAAGGAAUUUUACCUCUUUUAAAAAGAUCAGAAGUAGAGACUCCCUUUUAUUUUCUGUUUUCAGGCCUUUGAACCACUGGGAGCACAAACCCCACCCAAAUUCCUGUUGUGGUGGCAAUUAAUAAAGGCAUCUAGCUGUUCAUUUUUUAAAUUUGUAUUUUUAUACAAUACACCAAAAAAUCCAACAUGGAUGGGGUGGGAGGGAUUUACUUUUAAGAAGGAGGAUAUGGGUAAUUUGGAACCAAGGAAAUUUGUUUCCAGAAUAUUUUUUCUGGAUGAAUGCAGUGGUCAAGGAACAUGAACAUAAUUGCAUGUCUCUCAAAUUUCCUUGGAUGCUGAAAGGAGUUAAACCAGAAGUGCAAUCAGUAGGAAUUAGGGGAUGUUAUUUAUUUAUAAAUGUAAAAAUAUUUUGUAAGGAAAGAUAGUGGCAACUAAACUUUUUCCAAAGUGUACUAUGCAUAUUUUUAAUGAAAAAAUGACAUGUAUUUGCACAAAAAUUCUCAGGCACAUUAAAUUAUUAUAAGCUGAUGUAAAAUCUAGGUGCCUGCUUUGAAAUUGAUAUUUGUAUGUGUGUGUGUUUUUAAUGUAAAAUAAAAUUAAAAUACAUCUGUCUUGACCUUGACAUUUGUAGAAUUAGAGAAUGAACUCUAACAGGAGAGUAAAAGCUUUUGCUUUUUCUUUAGGGCUCCUUUUUCUUUUACAAACUGUGUAAAAUGGUAAAGUGAGACUCGGAUUAGAUUUCAGCAGUCAGCAGCAUGAUGCAAGGCUAUGAACUGGGAAGAAACAGAUCUGUUUUAUGAGUGUUGCUGAUCAAGGUAUGCUCCUUCUCAGAUGACAUGGCUUUGCCUGGGCAGGGCAGUUCAGAAAUAAAUGCCAUUAUCUGAAAGACAUGAUCGAGAGGAAGAUGAGUGAGAGGACCAGUUAUUUUGUCUUUGAAAAUGGGAGGCAUAUUUUGAUCAUUUUAGUGCUUAAUUUGCAAAUAUUUUGCUCCUUUAUCCUGACUUCACUGAAAAGCAAUUUUUCUGAGAAUUCUGGACCAAUAGAGUCUUGCUCCUCUGGUUCCUAGGGGUACACCUGCUGCCAGGCCAGAGGCAGGACCUUCCUCCCUCUCCUUAAGGCAGAGCUGUGUGCUCACAGGGGCGGAAAAUCCACCAUUGACAGUGAUACAAAUGUGUGAGUUUUCCAUCCUUUUUAGAAUCUUUUGAUAAAACAUUUCUAAAUAAAUUUCCCAAAAUCAAAAAGUGAACGUUUCCUCCCCACUUUCUCUGCUCUUUACUCAGUCAUGCUGAGGUCAGCAGAGCGUCUACAUGCAUGUCGAGAAAGGAUUCUAGCAGUUCCAGAAGUGAAUGUAAGUCUCCCCUGAAUGUGGUAGGCAUUGUAAACAGAAGAAUUCCUGCAGUUUAAAUGGCCAAAAUAUUCUAAUCGAUGUUUUUAAAAGUAGCAUUUGAGUUUCUACAUCAUAAAGUAACUCUAGGGUGUAUACUUUAGCCAAUUCUUAAAGCUUUUUUUAUUUAUUCUUUAAGAAAGUAAUCUUCCUGUUGCCUGGACAUUAACAGUUUCCAGGAAACAUCAGGAAGUAGCAAAAUGUAGGGCCAGAGAGGAGUACAAACUGUCAAAUUAUCAGAUUUAUAUAUAAUAUAUAAAUAGCUAUAAAUUACAUACUGUUUUUAUAACCAAUGCCUAAAUGGUCACUUCAGAUAAUUACUUUGGGGAGGAGGGUGUUUAUUAGCAGCCAAAUAAGCACAUCUGAUUAAAGAGAACAGACCUAGGUUUUCGAAAACUAGAUUGAUGUUGAUGUUCCACCAGAAACACAAUUGAGGACUGGGACAUGCUUGUCUCUAGAAAUGAAUCCUUAUUUAAAAAUUGAGUUUCGCUAUUUUUUUGAAGUUUCCACCUAAAAUCAUUUUUGGUACAGUGACUCUCUAACAGAGUUGUCUGCAAAGUAUAAUAAGAGAAAAUGGAGUCUUUCAGCAAGUUCCUCUUUGGAUUAUCUUUUAUGCUUUGGUACUGUUCACAUUUUAGGUGUGUUUUUUCCCCCCAUAGUGUCAACUGUGUAUGUACUUUUCAUACCAGUAUAGGAAACCUCAAUCUUUUUUUUUCUCCCUCAAGAAGGUUUUCAGUGAUUAUACCUCAGGUAUUUCUGAGCAUAUUACCUAAUAUGAGGAAUAUCUUUAUGAGCUUAAAAUUAAACUUUUUCCUGAAUUAUUUUUGAUUCCAAAUCAUAUGUAAAUAGCCUUAGACACCAGUCCUAGGAAACCAUUGUUAAACUAGUUUUUUAAAAAAAACUGAGUACUGUAUGUUCUCAAUUUGACAUGAGAGCACGGGCUUUGACAAAGGGAGGAAUGAGUUCAAAAUAGCUCACAGUAUUUCUGUAAAAGAUGUAUUCUACAUAGUAUUAAUAGCUUGCUCUUCUUUCUGACCAUUCUAGUACCUGAUUAAUACUUGGUAGUUAUUAAUACUGACUUGACAUUUGGAACUAAGGCUCUUAGUGGUUGUUGGUCCACUUUGAUGUCAGAUGCACACUGGGCAUGCAACACAACAGCAGCAAAAUGGAUGUGUUGCAGAGCACAGCUUCAAGGAGUGGGCUUAAGUGCCCUCUGUGUGGAGAAGCCAGGAAACAAUAUUAUUUGAAACCUAGACUCUGGACUUUGUCAAACAGCUUUUUGUACACUUAACAAUUGCUUGUCAAAUGUAAAUCAGGUAAUAAAUAUGAGUAUCUUCUUAAAUUUUCAUUUGUCUCCCCUGUAUUUUUGUCCCAGUUCUUUACACAGAUAUAAACAAUACUGCACUCUUUCCUUUAUGUUAUUUUUGUUAUGAAAACUGUCCUCUAUUUGUCAAACCCAACACACAAAACAAACCAACAAUAGACAUAAGCAGUUAACAGAUCUUAUUGCACUUUCCUAGUUAUUGAAAAAUAUUGACUAGAGUGUCUAUGUAUACUUUAAUGUUUCCUUAGCAGAGUAAGAGCAACAAAAAAUAUGUCAAGUCCAUGACAAGCAGAUCUUAAGUUUGAGAAGAUUCAGGAAGUGUGAACAAGUUCUUACAGUCUACAAUUUACUAUUGACAUCCUUGGCUAUUUAGAAACUUUCCAAAAAAAAAAACAAAAAACAAAUUUGAAGUUUGUUGGUCUCUAACAGAAAAGGUCUUUUGAUUUUCUCUUCUUAACAAUUCAAU